AUGGAUAGAAAAUUUCAAUUUGAUUUUAUUGCCCUAAUGGAACCAAAGAAGCAGAUUAGGACUGUUGACCAAUACAGAAGGAGGCUUGGUUUUGAACAAGUAGUGGUAAAUGUCUCAAAUAAAAUAUGGCUCUUUAUAGACCAAAAGUAUGACUUUGACAUCUUAUUUAACAUGGAGCAGCAGAUCACCUUGAAGAUGCUUGAUAUUGACAGUAAGAAGGAGAUCAUAAUUACCAUGGUGUAUGCUAAAUGUAAUGCAAUCGAAAGAAUUGAACUGUGGGAUACAUUGUAUUCAUUGGCUAGUGAUAUGUCCCUAUCAUGGCUAGUUGGUGGUGAUUUUAAUGUGAUAUGGGAUGAAGAGGAGAAAUUUGGUGGAUUUCCAGCAGUAUUUUCACCUGGUGGAAUGGGAGAGCUGAGGAAGAAUGCAUAUUUAAACGACUUGACAGAUGUUUGGGAAAUAUGGAACUACAAGAAUUAUGGCCAGAUAAAACAUGAGGCAUUUCUUGAUGUGGUAAAAGAAAACUGGCAAGCUGAUUUUCAUGCGAGUCCAUUCAUCUUGUUUAACUAUAAGAUGAAAAAGCUGGAGCAAGCCUUAUCUACUUGGAGUAAAGCUACUUUUGGAGACAUAUUUAAGCAGAUUGCUAGUUUGGAGGAAGUAGUUAAGGUGCAUGAAACUCAAUUUGAGCUGAAUCCUACCAUUCAAAAUCGUGAAAGACUUCAUAGGGUGAAAGCUGAUCUAAUUAGAGUAUUGGCUCUAGAAGAAGAAUUCUGGAAACAAAAGGCAAGCUUGAACUGGUUUAAGGAUGGUGACAGAAAUUCAAAAUUGUUUCAUGCUCAUGUGAAAGGCAAAAGAAAAAGGUUGCAGCUCAAGAGAAUACAAGAUAGAUAUGGUGUAUGGAUAGAGGAUGAAGAAAAGAUAGCAGAAGAGGCUGUGCAUUUUUUUCAACAACAGUUUCAUGAGGACAGUGUUCCUACAGACUUUAGAAUUUUGGAUCAUGCCUAUAAUGAUAUGUGA